AUGACAAAACCAUGGGAUGACGACGUUGACGGUGCUUGGGCGCCAGGCAAGGCGCCAGUAAAUGUACUUACGACGUUUCUUAAGUGCGUUCAUGAGCGAGACAGUGUUGGAGCCGAACAAGCUGCUCUAGAGAUUUUAAAGACAGAGCCAAACAACCUUCUCGUACGAGAUCUGCUUAAUGUCAUAAAGCAGCAAGAUGUUAUGGAUGCAGAAGAGACUCAAUCAAUUAAUUCCGAAUUUAAUGAAAAUUUAGAGUCGGAAGACGACGGAUCGGAUGAAGUAGACUUCGAUGACUUGGGUGAAGACGAACACAAGGGAGAUAUUAAAGUACAUAGUUGCAGAAAAAGUUCUUUUGCAAAUGGUAUGAGCGACAAAGGACAAAGCAGUUUGGAAAGCGAGACUCUACUUUUAUCAACACUAGAAGUGCGUGUCAACAGAGCUUCAGAAACCAAUGUUAUUCGAUGUACUGUAACUGAUCAAGUGCAUCGAUUGCAUUUGACAAAAGCGCUACCCUGCGGAGAGAAUGAAGUACAAAAGGGUGCUGCAACUGCCGCGAACGGCGAAUAUCGAGUCGAUACGCGGUCUCUUCAAUCCUUUGAAAACCACCCGGCGGCAGAAGUUGAUGAUAAUGCUGACACUUCGAUAUGA